AGAGUACAAUUAAUUAUCGUAGUGGCUAGUCGAUUUUGUCUUUGGCUCAAGAAAGGUGCUUUAUAUAUAUUGUUCUCUUAAAUGAAAGUGAAUCGUGGAAAUCUCUUAUUUUUGUGACAAUAUUUGUACAGCCGAUUGGAAAUGUACUGAGUCGUACACAACUGUGUCAAUCACCGUAUCGAUAGGAAUUGCAAUCGUUGGAUUUUCGUAGAUGAUCAACGAAUAAAAAGCAGUUCUCAGUGAGAAAACAUUCAAACAUUAGCUGAACCUCUUACUGCAAUGGGUGUUCCACUACGUCCACUGUCAGCGGCGCUGAAGAAGAAAGCCGAAGCGGAACUUAACGAACGGCCAGAACUUAUUCAAGAAGAUUUGGCAAAACUCAAGCAAUGGAUUGCCAAAAGCCCUCACAUCCGAUCGCGAACGGAAGAUCAAUUUCUGAUCACCUUCCUGAGAGGCUGCAAGUACAGCUUGGAACGUGCCAAGGAAAAGCUGGACAUGUUUUACACCGUUAGGACCAUGUCUCCGGAGCUGAUAAAAAGUCGAGAUCCGGAGGAUCCGAGAAUUCGUGCCAUCGUACGACUUGGAGUUGGUGUAGCCCUGCCACAAACCGAAACACCAGACUCGCCCAGAAUUAUGUUGAUAAGGCCUGCCAUCUACGAUCCUUCCAAAUACACAAUCCAGGAUGUUAUAAAGGUUAGCACCAUGGCCAACGACAUAAUGAUGAUGGAGGAUGACAAUUUCGUGGUUGCCGGACAGAUCGGCAUCCUCGACCUGGCCAACGUUACGAUGGCACAUUUCCUGCAAUUCACACCGAACUUUGUGAAGAAAAUGACCAUGCUAAGCCAGGAAGCAUCUCCACUACGCCAGAAAGGAUUCCACUAUGUGAACGUACCGAAUGGUUUCGAAGCCGUGUUUAAUGUGUUCCGAAGUUUUAUGAACGAAAAAAGCAAAUCACGACUUUACGUGCACAGUAAUCUUGAAUCAUUGUACAAAUAUGUACCCAGAAAAUUACUCCCAACAGAAUAUGGUGGAGACGCUGGCUCCAUCGAGGAUAUCAUCAACGAGGGUGAAAAGAAGCUGUUGUCCUACCGGAACUUUUUCCUUGAAGAGGAAAACUACGGUACUGACGAAUCGAAACGACCCGGACGUCCAAAAAAUGCUGAGAAUCUGUUUGGUGUCGAAGGCUCGUUCAGGAAACUUGAAGUGGAUUGACGAAUUUGAACUGUGGUAUUCUUGUUAAUAAUUACAUUUAAGACAGUUUAGGCACGAUUUAGAUUUUAUUAUUUAAGAAAACUUAAAAAGUAA